GUUCUCGCUUUGAGGUACCUUCUCGGCGCCUUGGUGGAGACUUCGGCGGCGCAGUCCGGCGCCGGCGAUCCUCCCCGCCGGAAACCGAGCUGAUCAAGAUGAGCCAGCCUUCAGUGAUCCUUGCGACGGCGGGGUAUGACCACACGAUUAGGUUUUGGGAGGCCAAGAGCGGCCGGUGCUACCGCACUCUUCAGUACCCUGAUUCUCAAGUGAAUCGAUUGGAGAUUACUCCUGAUAAGCAAUACCUAGCUGCGGCUGGGAAUCCCCACAUCCGGCUUUUCGAUGUUAACUCUCUCAGUCCUCAGCCUGUUAUGAGUUAUGAUUCGCAUACGAGUAAUGUCAUGGCAGUGGGGUUUCAGUGUGAUGGGAAUUGGAUGUAUUCAGGCUCAGAGGAUGGAACUGUGAAGAUAUGGGAUUUGAGGGCUCCAGGUGCUCAACGUGAAUAUGAAAGUCGGGCAGCCGUCAACACAGUUGUUCUGCACCCCAAUCAGACUGAGCUGAUAUCUGGGGAUCAAAAUGGAAAUAUUCGAGUAUGGGAUUUGACUGCAAAUUCAUGCAGUUGUGAGCUAGUGCCGGAGGUGGAUACAGCCGUGAGGUCUUUGACAGUUAUGUGGGAUGGAAGCAUGGUGGUUGCUGCAAAUAAUCGUGGGACAUGUUAUGUGUGGAGAUUACUACGUGGAGUACAGACAAUGACAUACUUUGAACCCCUGCACAAGCUACAAGCUCAUGAUGGCUACAUUCUAAAAUGUCUGCUUUCGCCUGAAUUCUGUGAUCCUCAUAGGUACCUUGCCACUGCAUCAGCUGACCACACGGUUAAGAUAUGGAAUGUAGAUGGUUUCACCCUGGAGCGAACUUUAACUGGGCAUCAACGCUGGGUCUGGGAUUGUGUUUUUUCCGUGGAUGGUGCUUUCUUGAUAACAGCUUCUUCUGAUUCAACUGCAAGAUUAUGGACAAUGGCCACAGGAGAGGCCAUCAGAGUGUACCAAGGCCAUCACAAAGCGACCGUCUGCUGUGCUCUUCAUGAUGGUAGUACCGAAUCAUCUCCUUCAUGAUCUUCAUGUUGCUGUGUAUAUAUGGUCUUUUUCUUUGAAUGGUUUGUACAUCAGUGUUUUACUUGAGUUCCUUUCUGUCAUAGAAUGCAACUAUCACUGAAUCACCGACAUGCGCUGAAAGUAAAAAAAAUUUCAAUCUGAAUUGGUUUUGAGCCAA